AUGGCUGCUUGUGACAUGGACGAGACACCAACAGAUGGUCUUGAAGAACUUGGAGAGGCUUGCCAGCACCAGUUGCAGGCCUACGCGGCUGUGGAACGUGCAAACGGGAAAGGAGCCUGCAAGGGAUCAGGAAAGGGCAAGGACAAAGGCAAAGGGAAGGGCAAGAGGACUUGCCAGUCUGAAGGAAAACAAUCGUUGGAGUCCUAUAAGCAACCACCGAAGAAGAGAGCCAAGAAGGGUGAGCAACUGCCUGAAUCGGCUGCAGCGCCUAAGGCAGCUCCAGCCAGGCUGGAGAUUUCAGCUGUGGUGCCCUUGAACACCCACGACCGUCGUUGGGACCAACUGGCAACAAUCAAGGGCAAGUCCACCGGAUCGUUGGCAUUCCAACAGAGGCCACCAAGCAGUACUUCCCGAAAGUGGACUUGCAAGUAUUCUGCAUGGGAGAGACUCCCGCCGGGGAGCCGACAUCGGGCAGCAGCAGCUGGCACUGUGACCACGGCCAUUAUGGGGCGCCAGACUCUUGAGGAGGCAGAGGAAGCGAUCCUCCGCAGGCGUCCUAUUCAGUUGCAAGCAGCCUUCAGAGAUUGGAAGCUGUCAAACUGGGUCCACAAGGCAGUGGCAUGCGCGGCCUCUGAGAAGUCGCACGUGCACAUCCUCUCCGAAGAUGGGGGGAACAUGGUGUUCCGGGCAGUGACCAGGAUCAGGUGGGCUGGCGAGGGAGCAGGAGAGCGCAAGCUCACGGAGGAGCCCGAGGCGGAGGAGCCUCAUGCUGGCCUAUGCACUGGCUGGUACUUCCAGAGUGACUGGAGCGCCGCCAGCAAAAGACGAAGAAGUUACGGGAGCUGA